AUCUCCCCCCUUUUCUCCUUUUCUCCUGUAGAAUUCUCUUCUCUUAUUUGGUAAAGAAAAGAAAAGAAAAAGAAAGAAAAAAAAAAACAAAUUUUCUUCUUUGAUUCUCUCUAUUUACUUUUGCUAUUCUCCACUCAAUAGAUUUCUCAUCAUCUCUUUGUCUCCGGAAACCUACAGCCUGUUCAUCGAAUUACAUCGAUCGAAGGUUGAAGAUUGAAAAACCCUAGCUUUUGGUCACCUGUUUGAUUAAUCUUUAUUGCAGCUUUUAAUUUCAGUUUUGUGAAUUGAGAAAGGGGUUCCAACAAUAAUGACAAGUCCUGCUAAAAAGAGACUAAUGUGGGAUUUCAAGAGACUGCAGAAAGAUCCUCCCGUGGGGAUAAGUGGAGCUCCACAAGAUAACAAUAUCAUGCAUUGGAAUGCUGUCAUCUUUGGACCUGAUGACAGUCCAUGGGAUGGAGGUACUUUCAAGUUGACUCUUCAGUUCACCGAGGACUACCCAAACAAACCCCCAAUAGUCCGGUUUGUUUCACGGAUGUUUCAUCCAAACAUUUAUGCUGAUGGAAGCAUUUGCUUGGAUAUCUUACAAAACCAGUGGAGCCCCAUAUAUGACGUUGCUGCGAUACUCACAUCAAUUCAGUCCCUACUUUGUGACCCAAACCCUAAUUCGCCAGCAAACUCAGAGGCUGCAAGGUUGUUCAGUGAGAACAAACGAGAAUAUAACAGGAAAGUAAGGGAGAUUGUGGAGCAGAGCUAUGUAUAAUAUAUGAUUCAAUUUGUAUUGACUGUUGAGUAAUUGGAGAUUGAACAGUUACAUUUUUAAGUAAUUUUAUAUCGGAUUUAUAAGUUU